AUGUACGAGAUUUGUGAAAUACUUUUUGCGGUUGAGCUCAUUUUGAUACACGUCAUCAAAUGCCUCGACUAUGACACUGGUGAAAGCCAGUCAGUCUCGUCGUCUUCUUGCUGCGAGAUCUAUCUCUGGGAAUUUCUCCUUGAGAUCCUGGAAGAUCCUAACUGCUCGUCCAUCGUUUGCUGGACGGACAAGGCCAAAGGCGAGUUUGAGUUUUUGAACAUCAACGAGGUCGCGAGGCAAUGGGGAAUUGUGAAACGCCGACCGAACAUGGAUAAGAUUAAAAUGUGUCGUGCUAUGCGAUAUUAUUACAAAAAAGAUAUCAUUCAUAAGGUGAAAGGAAGACAUUUCGUGUACAAGUUUUUGCACCUUCCCUACAACCACCCAGUUUUACCGAAGCGGUCAGAGCCGCCCAUCGUGGAAAGGCGAUCUGUGAUUUGCUACACGUCGUCGUGGGAUCGUGCUUAG